AUGGCUUCGACAUCAAUUUCGUCGGAGGAGGAGGCGUGGGAGAACGUGAGGGAGGUCGUGGGUAAAGGUGAUCAGGCCACAAUCAACCAAGGCUACACGAAGUGGAACGAUUACGAAAAGGAUAUGGCAGCUUUAUCCUACCAAGCCCCUACAGAAGCAGCUAAUAGAGUGAUGUCAUGGGUUCCUGAUAAAGGAUCAAGGAUUCUCGACUUCGGGUGUGGCACGGGACUGGUGGCUGAUCUGCUACAUGACAAUGGCUACACAAAUAUGCACGGCGUUGAUCCUGUCGAGAAGAUGAUUGAGACAUGUACCAAGAAAGGAACGUAUACCUCAGCAACGGUUUUGGAAAUUGACCCCGUUACCAAAAUUCCUUUCCAAAAUGGUGAGUUAUUAUAA